AACUAGCAUUAGCACAAUAACUGGAAGUCUAUGGGUACAGUAGCAAUACAAAGGGGAAGAGGGUGAAGUUGCCCCUAGACACUGGGUCUUAUUUUACCAUUUUAUAAUUUAGGGUGGGGGUACAGAUCCUAGGGGGUACAGAUGCUAGAUCUGUACCUGGGGGAAUCUUCGCCCCAGAAUGAAGGAGGCAAAGGUGGGUGGGUGGGAGCUAGAGAUUAGCGCUCAGACCAUUCCGUUGAUUCCCACAACACUCCCAGCUCAGACAUACAGGAGUAGUCUUGUAACGGAAUGGCUUGCAACCUCUAGGAUUUCCCCUACAAUUGGCGACUAGGAUCUAACUCUAUACCUAAAAAGGGAUUCAUAUGAGAUCAUUCCAGGAUGUGGAUUCAUUUACCCUUCCAUUGACACAGAACCUUGCUUUCAGAACCCUUAGAAGGUCCAUGCGUGUUCCUUUCAUCUUGAAGAGAGAUUGGAGAAAAAAGAAUGAGUGUGUGUGCCGACGUCCCCUCAUACCUGCGGCGGUGGCUGCUGACUGCUGUGUUUAUCUUGGCCACUCUGCUACCAGGAACCAGUGGCUGCCCCAAAUCGUGCGCGUGCUACGUUCCCACCGAAGUGCACUGUACCUUCAGAUAUCUAACCGCAAUACCAGGCCAGAUCCAGACGGCUGUGGAAAGAAUUAACCUAGGGUAUAACAGUAUAACCGUAUUGAGGGAGAAUGAUCUGUCUGGGUUGAAACACCUGGAGCUGCUGAUGCUCCACAGCAACACCAUCCACAGCAUCGCUGACAGGGCCUUUCAAGACCUCAAGUCCUUACAGGUCCUGAAGAUGAGCUACAACAGAGUGAAGGAGAUCAACAAGGACAUCUUCCAAGGCCUGGAGGGACUGGUACGACUCCACAUGGACCACAACCGCAUCGAAUUCAUCAACCCGGAGGCGUUCUACGGUCUCACCACGUUACAGCUGGUCCACCUGGAGGGCAACCUGCUCCAGCAGCUCCACCCGGAUACCUUCAUCACGCUGAGGCACAGCCAAGUGUUCAAGGUGUCCUCCGUCAGGAACAUCCACCUGUCUGAUAACCUCCUCGCCAGCUUACCCAAAGACGUCUUCACAGGCUGCUCUCAGCUGGAGAAUGUCUAUCUCCACGGCAACCCCUGGUCCUGCGACUGUCGCAUGGCUUGGUUCCCAGAGUGGGCGGAGAGAAAUGCAGCUGUGCUGAAAUGCAAGCGAGACAGAAAGUUUGCCAGAGGUCAGGCCUGCCCCAUCUGUGAGACCCCCGCUCCCUCUAGAGGCAAAAGCCUAACCCAGCUUCCCCGUGAUGCCUUCACCUGUACCAAGCCCUGGAUCCACCCCCAUCUGAAGCAGAGGAACGUCAGCCUGGACGAGGGGGAUUACACCCCUGUCUCCCCCCGGGACUUCAUCGCUCCCAUUGGAUCUCUGCAGAUGAAUCUGACAGCUCAGUUCCACAAUGACGCUAGCCUUACCUGCACAGUCCAGAGACCAUCAGCCAUGGAGAACCUGACUCUAACCCAGGUGGAGGAGGGAGAGAAGAACGUGACCAUGCUCUCCACCACCAUCUCUACAUGGCUGGUUUGUAAUAUUGACUACGACCACAUCCAACAGCUCUGGCGCAUCCUGGCUACGUACAGUGACGUUCCCAUGAGGCUAGAGAGAGGGUUGAUGCUCUCCAGGACCCCAGACAUGAUCUACAAGUACAGCCAGAUCAGACCAAAGGAGGGACAUGAUGAAAUCCACACAGACAUUGAGGCUGAGAUUAAGGCUUCACCCGCGUGGUUGAUGCAAGGAGAGGUCAACUUUCAGCUGGACCGCACUACAACCACAUUCUCCACCUUGCACAUUAAGUACAGGUCAGUGGUCAACCUGCGUGUGGAGAACAAGGUGUCACAGAGGAGGGACCGUUACAGCUGGACCAUCAUCAAACGAGACAACCAGACCCAGACUGAGCACUCUGUCCUCAUAGGUGGGGUGGUGGAGCUCAACUGCAAGACCUUUGGGGAACCAAAACCCUCUGUAGAGUGGAUCUUAUCGGACGGCAGUAAGGUGCGGGCACCCUACUCCAGUGAGGACCGCAGGAUAGUGAUCACCGCUGAUGGGAGGCUGACCCUGAGAGGAACAGACACCUCAGACACUGGCCUUUACCGCUGCAUCGCCACUAACUACCUGGACGCAGACGUGCUCAGCUUCCGGGUCACCGUGCUGUCUCCCGAUGUGGAGGAGGAGGAGGUCAACGGGGUCAAGCUCUCACGGCCUCUGGGCCAGAGCCUGGUUCUAGACUGUGGGUCCGCAGGCAACCCUGAGGCCUCGGUCCAGUGGAUUCUACCUGACCACACAGUGCUGGAUAAAUCCUAUGGGAACAGGAAGCUCUAUAGGAAUGGGACUCUAGGAAUAAAAGAUCUGACCUCCAGAGACCGGGGAUUUUACAGGUGUCUCAAUGCUAACUACCUGGUGGACCUGUUGACAUCCCAAGUGACAGUCACUGGGGAGGGGUCCAGGAAGGUGACAGUGGUGGAUAGAGAGGGGUCAGGGGCGGAGGCUUUGGUUGAGGUUGACGGGGCCAUAGAGGAGAGGGAGGAUUCCCACAAUGAGGUCCCUUCCUCCAGCCUCUCUAACAGAACUAUCCAGGAGUCCAGGACCAUCACAUCAGACAGGCCCUACCCCAGACUCAGGUCUUCCUCUCAGGGCAGAGGAUCAGCGGGCUCUUGGGGGAGAAGGAGGAGCCCAGCCAGCAGCAGGCGCAUAUGGAGCAACAGGAGGGUAUUUGAUCAAGCCUCCAGGAAAGUAGACAUCCAGAGAUUUGCAGAGUUCAUGAAGAAGGCCCAAGGUGGUUCAACAACAAAGACAAAGAGUGCGAAAGAAAAAGGAGAUUCAGAGCCUGACAUGUCUGGGGACCCGGAUGCUGGAUCUGGGGAGGGUCUGUCUCAUGAAGACGGACUCAUUGUUUUACCAAGCAGCGUCAUGCCAACCACAGAUUCUCCAGAUGAAAGUAUGAUGGGUGUAACUGCAAGCAUAGAGAAUUUAAACAAUCAGAAUAAUGUCAUGGCAACCACCGACAACAGUGAAACCAGUGUCAUGAGAACCAUGGAGAUCCCAGAUGACAGUCGGACUAGUUUCACUGUAACAACAGAAAAUACUGACAGAGUGACAACACUGACGACAGAUUCAUACACCCGGUCAGACGCCACACCCAUCGAGUCCACAUUCACCCACAGCAACCACAACACAGGAAGUAUCAAUGAAACUCAGGCCGUCUUUCAAUACAGCCCCAGAAUUAGUGGGUCUAGUGGUGAGUCGUACUCUUUGGAGAGGAACACGACAGUACCUCUGAGACAACCCGUCACGCUCCUCCUCGCCGUGACCAACACCACAGACGAGACACAGAUCCUGUUCUCCAGAGAAACACCUGCAGAACCAGAUACCUCCACCGGGGCGGUGCUAUCGCUCCUCACGGACCCCAAUGUCACCCCCAUGAUGGACAGUCCCAGAUCACCCAACAGAGAGCCUGAGAUCCACACAGCCACUGACCCAGACAGCCAGACCACCUUCACUGCAGUCACCACCACAGAGAGAGAGCAGGAUGAGAUCACCUUCCACACCACCCAGAGGAUCAAGUCCCCCCGUCUGCCUGCAGGCUCCACCAUCAUCUCCCGCCAGCAGAUCCAUAUCAUCCCUCCUAUGAAGGGCAGAGGAGGAGGAGGAAGAGGAGGGGGCCGGAGGAGGAACUUCCCUGGCAGGAGGAGGUUCAUCAAGCCCAACCGGAUCACAGACAUCCAGUCCAUCCUGAACAAACUCAAACAGCCUAACAUUGUGAAGAAGCAAGGCAGCAGCACAGUACCCAACACUAUGGAGCUAACCACGGACUGUGACUGUGAUGAAGAUGAGAAGAAGAUAGGUGGUCAGCGGGUCGUCACACCAACAACAUCUCCUAAAACUCCCAACGUCCCUAGCUCCUCUCUAGGAAGAACAGAGAGACCGACCACCACAUACUCAACAGAAUCCCCCACCACAACCACCCAGCCCACCUCCACUCACUCUCAGUCCCCCACCACCACCCAGCCCACCUCCACUCACUCUCAGUCCCCCACCACCACCCAGCCCACCUCCACUCACUCUCAGUCCCCUUUCACCACCCAGCCCACUUCCUCUCACUCUCAGUCCAGAGGUGAGGUAUCCAGCAGCUACAUGACCUCCACUAAUGCCCCAGAGUCUGACCCAACACACAACCCUAUGACGAGCACAACAGAUGAACCAACAACCUCCACCAUCACAACCACAAAUGCCUCCAAGAUGGUCCGUGGUAAGAUCAUCUGGGGCAAGCUGUUUGGGAACAGGGACAGGCAGAGGGAAAUAGUCAACAGGCUACGUAAACCAGCCAGGCCCUCAACCACCCCAGAGGGCUCAACAAUAGUCCAACCAACCACCACCACAACUACAACCACAAACGCACUUCCCACCCAGCGGUCUCUGGCUGAACCUGUGACCGAGUCACCGUCUAGAGCAGGUAAACACAGACAGACCCCAGAAAUCUCAUCAGACGAUGACUAUGGAGAUUCAUUGCCUGACUCUGAGGCCUCGUCCUCUGUGUCUGAAUCUGGAGGGUCAGCGGGGUACCUAUCCCGUAGAUUUGGGGGAAACCGGAGACCAAAUGGCGGGUCAGGGGGGUACCUAUCCCGUAGAUUUGGGGGAAACCGGAGGCCAAAUGGAGGGUUAGGGGGCAGGAGGCCUUUCAGGGGCAGGAGGCCUUUAAAAAAAAACAUAACAACUACGGAAGCCCCCAGCACCACCAUAGAAUCAACAGAGCCUUCAACCACCAUGGAGACCACCAUGGAGACCACCACAUAUCCCACAGAAACCACCAUGGAAACCACCAUGGAGACCACCAUGGAGACCACCACAUAUCCCGUAGAAGCCACUAUGGAAACCACCAUGGAGACCACCACAUAUCCCACAGAAACCACCAUGGAAACCACCAUGGAGACCACCAUGGAGACCACCACAUAUCCCGUAGAAGCCACUAUGGAAACCACCAUGGAGACCAUCACAUAUCCCACAGAAACCACCAUGGAAACCACCAUGGAGACCACCACAUAUCCCGUAGAAGCCACUAUGGAGACCACCACAUAUCCCUUAGAAACCACCAUGGAGACCACCAUGGAGACCACCAUGGAGACCACCACAUCUCCCACAGAAACCACCAUGGAGACCACCAUGGAGACCACCACAUCUCCCACAGAAACCAUAAUGGAAACCACCACAUAUCCCAUAGAAACCACCAUGGAGACUACCACAUAUCCCACAGAAACCACCAUGGAGACCACCAUGGAGACCACCACAUAUCCCUUAGAAACCACCAUGGAGACCACCAUGGAGACCACCAUGGAGACCACCAUGGAGACCACCACAUAUCCCACAGAAACUACCAUGGAAACCACCGUGGAGACCACCACAUAUCCCACAGAAACUACCAUGGAAACCACCGUGGAGACCACCACAUCACCCACAGAAACUUCCAUGGAAACCACCGUGGAGACCACCACAUAUCCCACACAUACCGUCUCCGUCUCCAACCCCCUGUACACGCCGUCCAGAGAACCAGAUAGGUCUGCAGUGACUGUGUCCACUGACAUGACCUCCGUGGGAGAAACCACCACAGACUCCGACUCAUACGAUAAUGAGAACUGGACAGAUGAGAUGAAGUCCUCCACUAACCGUCCACGAGCCUACACUUCCACCACCAGGCCCAGAAUGACCUCUCCCACAACUUAUCCAACCACCACCUCAAGGCCUUACACUACAUCAUCAACCCGCGUCCAGACUAACAUAGACCCCAUCAGAGUGAACACUAACAUCAGGCUCCCGUCAGGGAGAGACAGCCGUUACCAAAUCACACAGAGACCCAUGAUCAGGAGAACCAGGCCCAAGGUGUCCAGUAACAGGGCCAGCAGUGGCCCAGACAAUACCCUGACCUUUGACACACUGACUAUUCUGGAAGCAGAGCAGGGGCACGCCAAAGCCCCCUAUAGCAGCAAGGACAUAGACGAUGCCAUCUCCAAUGCCUAUACCCACAUCACCGGCUAUGAUACGACAAUGGCUAACAUUGUGGGCUUUGAGCGGUCCACCAAGGACAUGCUCACCAAGCCCAGGAUCGUGGGAGGCAACGCUGCCAGCUUCACUGUCCUGUCCAACUCAGACGCCUUCCUUCCCUGUGAGGCCGCGGGCAGCCCUGAACCCACCAUCAGCUGGAAACGCUUCUCUUCAAGCACUGGAAGCACAAUGACCAUCAACGGCAAGAUGAGCAAGUUUGAAGUGUUCCCGAACGGCACUCUAUCCAUCCAGAAUGCAAAUAUCAAAGACCGUGGUCAAUACCUCUGCCUGGCUGAGAACGAUCAGGGGUCGGACAAGCUCCUGGUCACCCUGUCCGUAGUGGCCUACCCCUCACGCAUCCUGGAGCCCAAGGUACGGGAGAUCAAAUCCCACUCUGGGAAGACAGUGGAGAUGAAGUGCAAGGUGGAGGGCCGCCCCGCCCCUCUGGUCUCCUGGAUCCUGGCCAACCGCACCCAAGUCAGGGGCCACAACUCGGGUUCCAGAGUGUCAGUGACCCCAGAGGGCACUCUGCUCAUCAAACAGGUGUCUGUGUAUGACCGGGGCCACUACAAGUGCAUCGCCAGUAACCCAGCAGGAGCCGACACUGCCACUGUCAGACUGCAGGUGGUGGCAGCACCUCCUGGUAUCCUGGAGGCCAAACGACAGCAGGUCCGGACCGGUGUGGGUCAGAGCCUGUGGUUACCCUGUACCGCUCAGGGCAGCCCCCAGCCCACCGUGCACUGGGUCCUCUAUGAUGGAACGGCAGUACGGCCCCUGAAGCCCUCUGUGGACCCCAGGGUGUCUGUGUUCGCUAACGGGACGCUCCACCUGACCGAUACGGCCGCCUCGGACAGUGGGAAGUACGAGUGCAUCGUCACCAGCUCUACAGGGUCAGAGCGCAGGGUGGUGACGCUGACUGUGGAGAAGAAGAAGGAGAUGGCUCCUGAGAUCGUGGAGGCGUCACACCGCAGGACAGAGCUGGCGUAUGGGGACCAGCUGAGGCUGAACUGCUCGGCCACCGGAGACCCCAAACCCAGGAUCAUCUGGAGACUACCGUCCAAGGCUGUGGUGGACCAGUGGCACAGGAUGGGAAACCGAAUCCAGGUCCUGGACAACGGCACCUUGGUCAUGGACUCUGUGAAUGACAAGGACGCUGGGGACUACCUGUGUGUGGCGCGCAGCAAGGUGGGAGACGACCUCCAGCUCAUGAAGGUCACUGUGUCCAUGAAGCCAGCCAAGAUCGAGCCCAAGACGUACGGCAAGAAGCAGGUCCCCUACGGCAACGACCUGAAGGUGGACUGUAAGGCAUCUGGAACCCCGGAGCCAGAGAUCUCCUGGGGCCUGCCGGACGGCACCAUGGUCAACAGCGCCCUGCAGUCAGACAGCAGCAGUGGAGGGGGACGUGUACGGCGAUACAUCCUGUUUGACAAUGGCACACUCUAUCUUAAUCAGGUGGGCAUGGCGGAAGAGGGAGACUACACAUGCUACGCCGAGAACCAGCUGGGCAAGGACGAGAUGCACGUCCACAUCACCGUGGUGACGGCAGCGCCACGGAUACGUACGCCCAGCCGGACCUACGCCCAGGUGAAGCCUGGAGGCAAAAUCCGCUUUGACUGCGAAGCCACGGGCGAGCCCAAGCCCAAAAUCUUGUGGAUGCUCCCUACUAACGACAUGAUCGCAGCCUCCAACGAACGCUAUCUGAUGCACAUCAACGGCUCCCUAGACAUCCAGGAUGUUAAGCUGGUGGAUGCUGGGGAGUACGUGUGCUUGGCUCGCAACACCGCCGGGGAUGACAGCAAAGUUUACAAGAUAGAUAUCGACGGCAACCCUCCGGUGAUCAACGGCAACUCCCAGAACAGGAUCGUAGUGAAAGACACGGCCACCAAAUACUCCAGGAAGUUCAUAGACUGCAAGGCCACUGGAGACCCGCUUCCCAAGAUCACCUGGAUCAUGCCGGAUAACAUCUUCCUGAACGCUCCGUACUUCGGCAGCAGGAUCAACGUCCAUCACAAUGGAACUCUCGAGUUCCGGAACGUCCGUCCGACGGACAUGGCGGAGUUCGUCUGCAUGGCGAGGAAUGACGGUGGAGAGGCAGUGAUGGUGGUACAGCUGGAGGUCACUGACAUGCUCCGAAGGCCUAUCUUCAAGAACCCCUUCAACGAGAGAGUAAUGACCCGUAUGGGGAAGACCACAGUCAUGAACUGUUCUGCAGAUGGUCACCCAACACCAGAGAUCAUCUGGCUGCUACCCAACGGAACCCGCUUCACCGGGGGCUCCAACCGGGGCUCACGCCAACACCUAGGCAAUGACGGAACCUUCGUCAUCUACAACCCCAGCAAGGAGGACGCUGGGAAGUACCGCUGUGCCGCUAAGAACUCGGUGGGCUACAUUGAGAAGCUGAUAGUUCUGGAGGUGGGUCAGAAGCCAUUAAUCCUCACCAGGCCCAGAGGGAUCGUACGCAGUGUGUCUGGGAACCCUCUGUUCCUUCACUGCCUGGCUGAUGGCAGCCCCAGACCCCGGAUAUACUGGACCAUCCCUGGAGGCCACACCCUGGCCAGACCGCAGGUGCAUGGGCGCCACCAGCUGAUGGAGAAUGGGACCCUGGUUGUCAAGGACACCACCCUCCACGAUCGGGGAAACUAUGUGUGUCGGGCGUCGAACGACGCUGGCGAGGCAGUUCUCACAGUGCCAGUCAUCAUCAUCGCCUACCCUCCCCGCAUUUCCACGGGACCCCCUCCCACCGUGACAGCGAUGGCGGCGGCGCCCAUACAGCUCAACUGUGCUGCCAUCGGGAUCCCAAAGCCAGAGAUUACCUGGGAGCUGCCUGACCGCUCUGUGCUCUCCACUGCAGGAAAAGGGCGGCCCACGGGCAGCGAGCUGCUCCACCCUCAGGGCACCCUGAUCAUCCAGAGACCCACUACAGCAGAUUCUGGCACCUACAAGUGCCUGGCUAAAAACCACCUGGGCACGGACUCAAGGGUCACGUAUCUACGUGUGCUGUGAGCACCAGCGCUGACUAAAGGGGAAUAUAAAACCCCUGGACUAUAAACUCUUAACAGACACGGUAACUUCACAGUGUUUCUUAUGAUGUACAAUGUCAGGAAAGACUAAUUUCCACAUGCAGACUUGUGAGGAGCGGGGUUUGUGGAAUAGUUUGAUCACGGUACAGCUCACAUCAAUCAACCAAGUAGCAGAACAGGAUUAUUAAGAGAAGUAGGAGGGAAUGGAGGAGGGGAUGGAGGAGGGAGCGAGGAAAAAUAGAAGCUGUACAGAGGAGGGUCUGUUCUUUGCCAGGAAAGUCGUGACUAGCGAGGUGUUAUUCUUAUUAUAACAGAGUCAGAGGUCUGGAAACGCACGGUUGGUUCUCAUUUGAGGUGUUUUUAACAAGGGGCUAGAAGGUGGGUCUUACAGUGAGGCUACUUGUUGAGUGUUUUGACCAGACACUUUACUAUUACAGCCUGUGGGGAGAGAGGAAGAGAGAAACUCACUAUAUUCCCUGUGGACACUUCCUCAAUGUUUUAUUUUUUGGAGUGUUGGUAAUGACUCAUUUGCUGCAAUGACAGAAACAUUCUAUUAUCAGAAUGUUUGUAACUAUUUUGCUUUUCAAGACACAUUUCAUAUUUCAUAUUUCUUGUGAAUAAAUCUUUAUAAACAGGCAGUAUUUUGUAAUGAAUUCUGCCAAAUAUACAUUUUUAAUAUACAUUUUACACUGGAUUAUCAUACAGUUUUUCAAAACAAAUUUCUCACUUUUCUAACUGUUUAUAUUUUUUAAUUAGCAUUGUUAGUUUGUCAUGUUGUUGUCUAUCUUCCCCCUCUCAUGGUUUGACAGUGCUUGUAUCAAUACAAAUGCAGGAGUUUGAUUGGUGUUAAUAGCGACUUUUAUGGAGGUGAAAGUAUCACCUACACAGUAUUCAGGGGCAUCGUAUGAACUGUCACUAAAAGUAAAUGCAUUAUUGGUUUUAUGUAAUAAUAUUCCUUUUGUAACUAUUAUCUACUUUGUGAAUUAAUGGUACGCGGGAGAUGAAAUUAAACCAAAGAUGGAAUGUG